AUGUCGAUGUUCGUCCAACGCUCUGCUGCCCUUGUGGCCCGCCGCGCCGUCAUCGCUCCUCGCUUUGCCGCCCGCACCUUCGCCACCUCCAUCGUCCGCUGCGAAGCCCCCAAGGACACCAAGGUCGCCAACUACAAGACCUUGAAGGAGGUCAAGGGCGAGGACGACCUCUACGGUCCUGGUGCCCAGCCCGGUACCGUCCCCACCGAUCUCGAGCAGGCCACCGGUCUCGAGCGUCUUGAGAUUCUCGGUAAGAUGGAGGGCGUCGAUGUUUUCGACAUGACGCCCCUCGACGCCAGCCGCCUGGGCACACUGCAGGACCCCAUCACCGUCCGCUCCGCCGGUGAGGAGCAGUUCGCCGGUUGCACUGGCUUCCCCGUCGACUCCCACACCACCCUGUGGCUCCGCCUCACCAAGGACCGCCCUAUCGAGCGAUGCCCCGAGUGCGGCAGCGUCUACAAGAUGGACUACGUCGGUGCCGAGCACGACGACCACCACCACCACGGUCACCAGGAGGUCGAGGAGCCCAAGACCUUCGCUGACUUCAUCAAGCCCGAGUACCGCUACCAAUAA